AUGCCUUCGACAGACCCUCCCAAGUUCCACACGGACCCUUCUCGUUCCCCUCUCAGACCACUUUCAUACCGUUACCACUACUCACCCUCCCGUUUCCCUCGUAUCCCUCCCAUUGGCCUCCCAUUCCUCUUCCAUUUCCCCUCUCGUUUUCCAACAAUUCCUCUCCCGUUACCCUCCCGUUUCCAUCCUAUUUCCUUCUCCAUUCGCUCCCAUUCCCUUACCAUUUCCCUCCCUUUGCGCCAAUUCCUCUCUCGUCCCCCUCCCAUUCACCUCUCUUUCACCUCCCAUUCUCCUUGCUUUCUGAUUCAUUUCUGCUCCCAUUCCCUCCCAUCUCACUCUCAUCUCACUCUCAUCUCAAACCCCAUCUCACCGCCCAUCUCAUCCCCUCACCCCCAAUCUCACCGCCCAUCUCAUCCCCUCAUCCCCCAUCUCACCGCCCAUCUCAUCCCCCAUCCCCCGUGCAUGGCAGGACGCACACGAGUACCCGUGCUGCGGGGGGCGCAUGUGCUGCCGCAAGGGGGCGUGUUACGAGCGGAAGAGAGGGCAUCGCGUACGAGCUUCACAUGCAUCUGGCGCGACCAGCAAGCAAUGAGAAGAGUGAGGGAAUUGAGAGAGGCCACUCGCUCAUCCUUCACGAUGAAGUCGAAUGCUGUGACGUUUCUACUGAUAGCCAUCGUUGCGCUCCUUCCGCUAGCCGACUCAUCCUUCAGGGAAGGUGACAAAGUCGCGACGACGGCGCUCGGGCAGACCGCGAUUUUCGAUGAUAGGCACGCAGCCGUUGCGUCAUCGGCGGAGCAAGCAGGGCGGCGGGAGCUUCUGGUGGUGGCGGCGAAGCGACCGGUGAAGUGUCCGAAGCCGAACACGGGCGUGUGCGCGAUGUCGGGGUACCCCGGCUGCCAGAAGCCCCGCAUCUACUGCAGCGGCGCCUGCUGCAUCGACACGCACGAGUACUCGUGCUGCGGGGGCAUCAUGUGCUGCAAGGUGGGCGCGUGCUUCCGCAACGUCACGGCGCGCACGUGGGGCUGCUGCCGCAUCGGCUUCAAGGCGUGUGGCGGACCCAAACCCGGCAGCAGGUGUUGCCGACUCCAUUUUUCCGUCUCCUCAUCCCAGUCACCCAGAAUACCUAGGUUUCCCGAAACAGCGCGCCGUCGCACGGAGGCGGUUCUAUCCGCAGCAUCCAUGGACGCGGCGACCGUACCGCCGGAUGCGUGCAAUGUGGAAGAGCUGCGUGAUGUGGAACUAGUAAAAGAUGCUCUCCUGUCGGGGAAGGAUUUAAUAAACGAUUUGCCCGACGACGUGCUCUCCGCCAUUCUCGCACGCGCCUCUGCCGGCGAGACGCUGCACCACGCGCUCGUGUGCCGCCGCUGGCUGCGCCUGGCGCAACUCUCCCAGCAGGCCGUCCUCGUCAGCGCCCCGCGCCACCUCCACGCGGGCGAGUUGCUGCGCGGCUUGGCGCGCUUCCCCAACGCGAACUCGCUCACGCUAGGCGACAAGAGCGUCGACUUUUUCAACGACGCAUUUCUGCGCGCGCUGCCCUCCGCGUGCCCGCAACUCUCCCGCCUGCGCCUGGACGAGCCGCAGUACACCGGCGCCCCCCACUUCCGCAUCACGCUCACCUGCCUUGGCCGCUUCCUCCGCAGCGCGUCGCGCCUCGAGGAGCUCACUUUGAAGCACAGCCUCGGCCACAUCACGAAGCUUCCUUCCUCGCUCGCGUCGCUCUCGUCGCUGCGCGUGCUCAAGCUCUGUCUGAAGCGCCUCCGCGUUCUGCCCGACGAGCUCGGCGCGCUGCGGGCGCUGGAGGAGCUCUCCGUGGUCUGCCCCAAACUCACGAGCCUCCCCGCGUCCGUCGGGCAGCUCCCACGGCUGUCCCGCCUCUGCCUGUCGAGCUGCCGCGAGAUGCGCCAGCUUCCCGCGCAGCUCGGCGCGCUGAGCGCGCUGACGGCGCUGGAAAUUCACGGGUGGUACCGCCUGGAGGGCAUUCCGGAGAGCAUCGGCGCGCUGAAGGAGCUGCGCCGCCUGCACCUGCGGAACGUCACAUGCGCGCUGCCCAACGUGGGGGAGGAGUGGCGCAAGCUGGAGGAGCUGAGCCUGGAGGACGUUCACGUUAGCCAUCUUCCGCCCAUCUCCCUCGCGUCUCUCGCGGUCCUCACCAUCCGCCAGUGCCGCUUCCUCCGCACGAUCCCCGACGAAAUCGGCGCGGCGCCAGCCCUCCGCGAGCUCGAGAUCGUCGAGGCGCCGCUCACCGCGCUGCCCGCGUCGAUCGGGAUGCUGACGUCACUGGAGCGGCUGGUGCUGGCGCCGUACGGGUCGGUGAGCGCGCUGCCGGCCGCGCUGCUGGCACUGCCGCGACUUGCGCACGUGGUGCUGAAGAAUGUGUCGAGUCUUGAUUCGCUGCUGGGGGAUUGGGCGGAGGCGGAGGCGGAGGCGGAGGCGGGUGAGGAGGAAGAAGACGCGGAAGGACGGGACGCGGGCGGCGCGGCUGACCGCGAACCCGACGGGGCUGCAAGCACGGCUGAUCCCACUGCCACCGCCGUCCCGCCUGCCCCUCCCCCGCCUCCGCUGGCUCCCGCCCUGCGCCACCUGGAGCUGCAUAUGGCAUACCGCGCGCCUCUGGGCCGACUGCGCCGCUUGCCGACCGCGCUGUGGGCGCUGCCGGCGCUCACGCACCUCGGGCUGCACGGCUUCACGCAGCUCGUCGCGCUCCCCGCGCGCGUUGCCCGUCUCACGUCGCUGCAGUCCCUCACCCUCCAAUCCUGCUCGCGGAUCACCCACCUUCCCCCUGCGCUCGCCGCGCUCGCGCCGUCGCUGCGCGCGCUCACGCUGUCGGACCUCUCCGCGCUCUACUCCUUCCCCCCCGUCGUCUGCCGCCUCACCGCGCUCACGUCGCUCUCGCUCGUCCGCCUGAUGCACAUCGAGCGCCUCCCCCCCGCGCUCUCCGCGCUCUCCGCCCUCCGCACGCUCAAAGUCUCUAUCGCGUCCGAGCUCUCCUCGAUUCCCCAGUCGCUCGGCCAGCUGGCAGAGCUCGAGUCGCUCGAGCUGGAGGAUUGCCCCGCGCUGCGAAGCCUGCCUGCGUCGCUCGGCCGCCUUACGGCGCUGCAGACGCUGGUGGUGAUGCGAUGCGGCGCGCUCACCGCCAUUCCUGCCGCCAUAGGCGGACUCGGCGCGCUGACGCGGCUUAGCCUGACCUCGUGCGGCGCGCUCACCGCGCUGCCGAAUUCCAUCGGUCAGCUGGGCGCGUUAAAGGAGCUGACUAUAACGAACGUGCCAAUUGCGGCGCUCCCGGACACUCUCAGCGGGCUGACGUGUCUGGAGGAGCUGCGCGUCUCGGACUGCCUCUCCCUCGCCGCGCUCCCCGCGUCCCUCUGCGCCCUCCCGCGCCUCCACACGCUCUCCCUCACUGCGUGCUCCGCGCUGCACGCCCUCCCGGACGACAUCGGCCAGCUGCGCGCGCUCAAGCGCCUCGCCCUCGAGCGCUGCUCCGCGCUCGCCCGCCUCCCCGCGUCCCUAGCGCGCCUUCCCGCGCUCGAGUCGCUCGACGUCACUAGCUGCGACCUUCUCACGCACCUCCCCGACGACUUCGCGCCGCUGCCGCGCCUCGUGCGCCUCGCGAUCAACCACUGCCGCGCCUUCGUGCGCCUUCCCGCGUCGCUCCCCCGCCUGCCCGCGCUCCGCGUCCUCUCGCUCUCGUACUGCCCGUCGCUCGCCGCGCUCCCCCCCGACCUCGGGUCCCUGCGCGUGCUGCACUCCCUGCACCUGCGCGAGUGCUCCGCGCUGGCGGAGCUGCCCGCGGGGCUGGCGCGCGCGGAGGGGCUGCGCCACCUGGACGUGUGGGGGUGCGCGGCGGUGGGGGACGACGCGGAGGUGGGCGUGUGCGGGCGCAGCGUGCACGUUGUGCGGGGGAGGCGCGGAGGGGGCGAGUUCGUGGGGGUGAAGCCCAGGAAGAGGCGCGCGGGGCGGGCGGGGGGGGGAGGAGCGGGGGUAGCGGGGGUUCAGGCGGGAACGGAAGCAGGCGGAGGAGGGGCGGAAGGAGGAGAGGCGGCUGGGGGGGGUGGAAGUGGGGCAGACAGGGGCAGUGCGGAGGCUGGGGGAUUGGAGGGUGCAGCGGCAGGCGAGGGAGGGGAGGGGGGAGGAGAAGGGGAAGGCGGGAUGGAGGCAGAGGGCGAGGGUGCAGGUGGGGAGGACGGCUUGGGGUCACUGGGGCAGGCACAGGGGGCGGGGGAGGGAGCAGGGGAAGGAGAGAAUCAGAGGGAGGAGGAGAGGGAGCAGGAUAGCGUGGGAGUGGCAGGGGAUGAGACGCAGCAGAUGGGAGUGGGGGAAGGAGAGGAAAGUGGAGAGGGGCAAGCAGAGGUGGGAGGAGACGGGAGAGGGGAGGAGGGGAUGACACGAGAGGGCAGACAUGAGGGAGGGGACGGCGAUGCGCACAUGCAUGGGGUUGAGGCAGGGGGAGAAGUGGAGGGAAUCGUGGGGGGAGAGGUGGAGAGUGUGGGAGAGGAGGGAGAGAGUGAGGUGAGUGAGGAGGGUGAGGAUGGGGAUGGGCGCAUGGGCUUGAAUGACUGCGGUGCAGCAGCAAUGCAUGGUGAUGGCAGCGUUGGCAGCAGGUUGGGGAGCAGAAGCAAUGGCAGAGAGGGGGGCACACGGAUGGGCAGAGGGAGGGGUGCAGAUGGGGAGGCGGGGAGAUGGGAGGGCAGGGGGAAGGACAAGGGGGGUGGUGGCAAGCGAGGGCGGGAGGGGGAGGGUGGGAGGAUGGAGGGGAAGAAGCGGAGGAGAAAGGAGGCGCGGGCCAAGGCGUGGCGGUGCAAGCGCGCUGCUAACUGCUGCUGA